UCAAUGAACAGAGCUCAAAGCAUUAAAAUCUAAAUGGAAUAAUAGCACAAAGCGUGAAAUAUAAAAAAGAAGAAACAAAAACGCAAUAGUGAAAAACUCAACAAAACUUAGAAAAAUACAACAAGAAAAUUCAAAUAUCAAAUUUAGUGGCAACAUCUCAUAUAAAAAAACAAAAAAUAAUAAAUAAACCCCAAGUGUUGUAUAUCAAAAACCGCAUAAAAAUCAUACCAAAAAAAAAAAACAAAUCAAUUAAUCACUGUCUUUGCAAUUGGAAUUUCUACUGCCACUAAAGCUCCCCUCAACAUGACAACAUCCAUAAGCUCAUUACUGCAAGCCCUGCGCAUAACACCCAUCUCUAAGUCUGAGAAAAAGGUUCAACAGCAGCCAACACUUAAAGUUUUAGCCGAUCAAAAGGUUUCUCUUCGACAAAUUUCUCUGGAGGCUGUAUCCCACCAUGAUGAUUACUCCGAUUGUUGGGUGGUGAUCUAUGAUCGAGUUUAUGAUGUUACCAACUUCCUACAACACCAUCCUGGCGGUGCUGAUGUUAUUAUGGAUCAUGCUGGUCGUGAUGCCACCUUGGCAUUUCAUGGCACUGGCCAUUCACGCGAUGCCAUAGAGCAAAUGCGAGAUUAUUUGAUUGGUGAACUGCCGGAACAUGAGAGAAUAUUUCGCACCAACAACAGUCAAGUGUUGUUAUCUGGAAUACCGGAAUAAAAUGGAACCCUGCGCUUAUAGGAUAGACCUUAUUGGCAUAGAAUUAAAAAUGUUUUGAACUGUUGUGUUUUCAUGCCUUGCGCAUGAAGUGCAAGUAUUCUGACAAAUUUUAUAGCAUGCGCCAUUUCAACAAUUAUUUCCUAGUGAUGCCCGACACCGCCUGCGUUUCUAUUGAUUUUUGUCAAUUAAAUUAUUUAUUCAAUAUUACCAAGUAAGAUUUUUAUAUUUAUUUAUGAUUUUUUUUAUAAUUAAAAAUCUCAUCUGGAGAUUUUUCUAUGUUACCUCUGAAAGGAAGGCCCUUAAGACAUAUGUUGGGCUCUUCUUGCAGGGACAACAACAAUUGUAAGAUAUUCAACUAAUGUAGUUUUUAUUAGCUUAAAAAGAUUUACGUUUUAAAUUAUUAGCUAAAAUCUUAGACUUAGUAUUGUAUUCACUUAACUAUCAGCUUUAAAAUAUAUACAACUUAAUUUCAUCUAUAA